CGCAUAAUGUCCACGAGCACUUAAAAGUAUUUCAGAGAAUAACUCUCUGUUCUCUGACAGUGUAGGAAAUUUUCAUUUUCAGUUUAUUUUUGAUUGACACUUGCUUAUUGGAGGUUAUUUUUCAAGCGGCAUUUUUUAUUUCCUUAUCCUUCUUUACUUAUUAGCAGAUGAGUUGAUAUCAGUGACCAUAGAAAAAUUCUAGGACUAGGACUGAGUGACAAUACUAGCUUGAACGGGAGAAUUUUCCAUUUAACAUAGACAGACUGUAAUUACAAAGUCUCAGACGGAGUGUGUCGAGUGAGGUCCUUUCGAAAAUGAAUAUUAAUCAAAUUAAUUUUAAAGUGAUUUUACUUGUGAUUACCCAAGUUGGUUUUCUCCCGUACAUUUUUUGCCAAGAGGAACAAGAUUAUCCGCCACCGUGCGACAGCCAAAUUUAUUGUUAUGGACCGCUGCUCGACACCAUACAAAUGGCUAAAAUUUAUGAGGACUCUAAAACUUUCGUCGACAUGAAAUUAAAAAAGUCGCCGAACGAGACCCUGCAAACCUUCAACAAAUGGAUAAAACAGUUCGGCGGGUCGAAACCUAGUAAAAUGGAGGUGACGAAAUUUGUCAGAGACAACUUCGAAGAUGCCGGCCAAGAGUUUGAGGUUUGGAACCCCAGCGAUUGGGUGGAACAUCCGAGAUUUUUAGACUCCGUCACAGACGAAAAAUUUAAACAGUGGGCCAGAAAGUUGAACAAAAUAUGGAAAACGUUGGGGCGUAAAAUGAAGUCACACGUUCAACAGAACCCGGAUUUGUACAGCAUAAUUUGGGUUCCCAAUCCGGUUAUAGUCCCUGGGGGUAGAUUCAGAGAGUUCUAUUACUGGGAUACCUACUGGAUAAUACAGGGAUUAUUGUUGUCGGACAUGCACGACACAGUCAAAGGUAUAUUGGAGAACUUCUUAUACAUCGUGGACACGUACGGGCACAUACCAAACGGGGGACGUAUUUACUAUUUGGCCAGAUCUCAACCUCCACUCAUGAUACCGAUGAUCAAACUGUACUGGGAAUAUACUCACGACCGGGAAUUCAUCCGCAAUAAUAUCCAUACAAUGGAAAAAGAAUUCCAAUUUUGGAUGGAUCGCCACCUUCGAACUGUGACGAAAAAUGGCAAAACUUAUAAACUGGCAGUGUACGCCGACAGAUCUAAAGGUCCAAGACCCGAAUCUUACUCGGAAGAUAUUGAAAGUGCCAACAUAUUCAAAGAUCAAAAUAAAAAGGAUGCCUUUUAUUCCGAAUUAAAAGCUGCGGCGGAAUCGGGUUGGGAUUUCUCAAGCAGGUGGUUUAUCACCAAUGCCACUAAUAAAGGAAACUUAACAAACACUAAAACCAGAUCUAUUGUGCCCGUCGAACUGAAUUCCUUCAUUUAUUGGAACGCCGACAUUCUGACUGAGUUCUUUACCGAAUUAGGCAAUGAAACUUCCGCAAAGCGUUACAGAAAUAUAUCGAAGACAUGGCUGGAAGCAGUGGAAGCCGUCCUCUGGCACGAAGAAGUAGGAGCUUGGUUGGAUUAUGACUUGUACAACGGCGUGAAAAGAGAUUACUUUUACCCAACCAACAUCUCACCACUUUUGACGGGCUGUUUCAAUAAAGUGGGGAUAGAGAAGAGAACAAAAUUAAUAAUGAAAUAUUUACAAAACAAAAAUAUUAUGAAUUAUCCCGGCGGCAUCCCGUCGACGGUGGAACACACGGGAGAACAAUGGGAUUACCCGAACGCCUGGCCACCGCUUCAGCAUAUGAUGAUUGUCGCACUGAACAACACCGGAGACAGCAGUGCCGAACGAUUGGCAUUCGAAAUCGCCGAGAAGUGGAUCAGAAGCAACUACAGGGCUUACGAAGAAUCCGAUGCCAUGUACGAAAAGUACGAUGCUACAGUGAUGGGAGGCCAUGGAGGAGGUGGUGAAUAUGAGUUGCAGAUUGGUUUCGGCUGGACAAACGGGGUUGUAAUGGAUCUGCUUUAUAAGUAUUCGAGCAAAUUAACGCCCCACGAUCCUGUUCUUUCAAACAAAGCCGAUACGGUGGUUGCAGCAACGACCAGUAGUCCGCUGGUUACGGCGCUCGUUGCUCUGGUGGUGUCUCUUACCGCCGGCUUCAUAGGAGUAUGUAUAUACAAAAAUCGCAGUCGACAACAAACGUUGCUGUAUAAGAAUAAGAAGCAAUACAAACCAUCAAGUGCACACUAUACAGAGCUGAGGAAUAUCCCCGAAUACAGCAAAUCCCUUAGAAAACAAGUCGGACUGUCUAGAGGUUCAAAAUCCCCCUAAUUAAUACCACAAAAACAAUAGAUCAAAAUUUUUCGGAUAGACAUGUGUUAACAUGUGUGUUCACCUAUUGCUUUUAUUUAUUUCUUUUAUGUUCAUCUAAAAACUUCCAACGAAUAGAUAAUUUUUCAUAAAAUCUCCAUAAAUUUACAGUUUUUAACAUUCCUACAUUAAAAAUUAGUUGUCACGUUAUAUAAUGACAUUGUUCGAUGCCAAGGUUAAAAUGAACGUAAAUAAUGAGCUAAUAGGUAAACGUACGUGAAGGCAUAUCAGUAUUUUAUUUAUUAAAUUGUUGUAUUUACAGGACAUAAAAAUACAGGGUGCUAUAGAAAAAUGGCUGUCUAGAAAACGUUAAAGCAUUUAAUAUUUAAUAAUAUAUGGAGUGCUUUAAUUUUGUCAGCGUGUAGGUAUGCCUAGUUCAAAUAUUUAUUUAUUUAUUUAUUUAUUUAUACUUUUAAAGCACUCGAUAUAUAAAAAAGGCAAAUUUAUUUUUCUAGAUGGAUUCAACUAAAUUUUACGAAAUAUUUUCAUAUUUAAUUAAUAUUCAUGAAUUUUUUAGUUCCUAUUAGCAUAAUAGUAACGUUUUUGAUUAUUUUAAAUAAAUUAAUCUAAAUAUCUAAAACGAAUCUCAUUUCAUUGAAUCUUACAUAAAUUUGAAUUCGUUGAAUUUGUUGUAAGAUUGAAUUGUCGGCAAUAAUAGUUACACCAAACUGAUUAAAAAUAGGAGGAGUAAAUGAUGAUGCUCAUCACCACACCAAAAAUUGUUAUGGCCGACUAUUCUUCAAUCGCUUUUGUGAUAUUGAUAAUGUAAAUCAAACUUUUAUUGUCGCUAAACUUAUCCAGACCACGUUAGAAUUUAGUUAACAUAGCAAUUUUAAUUAAAUUAUUAGAAUCUGUUAGAAUCUGUGAUUUGUACUUAUGGCUUGUUGCGCCAAUAUAUAAUUAAUUAUUUAUUAGUUUUCUUUAUUCUGUGUAUGUUCAUAAGUAAGUACAUGUAAACUGUUUUUAUUAGUAAUUUGUUAUAUUUCACGUAAGACAAAUAUAUAUUUUAGUAUAUUGAAAUAUAGAGAAUACGGUAAAAAUA